AUGGACGUGGCUUCAGCUGUCCAGAAUUAUAUCUCCAAAAUCGCCGGCGUCGGCGAAGGGGCAGCGGCGUCGCAGUCGUCAAAGAUGAAGAUCUUGAUUCUGGACCGAGAUACUGUGUCGAUUGUCUCCACCGCCAUCACCCAAUCCGCCCUGCUCAAGCAUGAAGUCUUCCUCAUUGACCGCCUCGACAAUCCUGCCCGGGAACGUAUGCGACACCUCCGAUGCCUCUGUUUCGUCCGACCAUCACCAGAUUCCAUACAAUUUCUCAUCGACGAGCUGCGGGAUCCCAAGUAUGGAGAAUACAAUCUUUACUUCAGUAAUAUCAUAAAGAAGUCGUCGCUGGAGAGACUGGCGGAGGCGGAUGACCAUGAGGUGGUCAAGGCGGUCCAAGAGUACUUUGCGGACUAUAUCGUGGUCAAUCCUGACCUGAUGUCGUUGGAUCUGGGAUUUCCAAAACAACGGCUAUGGAGCCAUAGUCCGGAUAUUUGGAAUACCGAUGCCCUACAGAGAACGACCGAGGGUGUGAUUGCCCUGCUACUGUCUCUGAAGAAGAACCCCCUCAUUCGUUACCAGAAGAACAGUCUCAUGGCAAAGAAACUUGCCACGGAAGUGCGAUAUCAAAUCACCCAGGAAGAACAAAUGUUUGACUUCCGCAAACCGGACACUCCUCCCAUUUUGUUGAUAUUGGAUCGUCGGGACGACCCUAUAACUCCAUUACUCACCCAGUGGACGUAUCAAGCCCAAGUACAUGAACUCCUGGGCAUCAAAAACGGCCGAGUUGAUUUGAGCUCCGUGCCUGAUGUCCGGCCUGAAUUGAAAGAGAUAGUUCUCUCCCAGGACCAGGACCCCUUCUUCAAGAAGAACAUGUACCAGAACUUCGGCGACCUAGGUGGCAACAUCAAAGAAUAUGUGGACCAGUACCAGACACGGACGAAAUCCACUGCCCAGAUCGAAUCGAUAGCCGACAUGAAACGCUUUGUCGAAGACUACCCGGAGUUCCGCAAACUAUCCGGCAACGUCUCGAAACACGUCACCUUGGUCAGCGAACUUAGUCGUCGAGUCUCGGCCGACUCGCUCCUCGACGUGUCGGAGCUCGAGCAGAGUUUGGUCUGCAACGACAACCACGCCGCCGACCUGAAAACGCUGCAACGACUCAUCCAGGACGCCGGGAUUCCGGCCGACAACAAGAUCCGACUAGUGGCGCUCUAUGCCAUCCGCUAUGAAAGAAACCCGAACAACGCGCUGCCUGUGCUCCUCGACCUGCUGACAACCGUUGCCGACAUUUCACCCAACAAACUGUCCAUCAUCCCGAAACUGCUUGCCUACCAUCACAGCCUCCAGCCCGCCCCUGUGGCAGGUGGGUUCUCCGAUCUUUUCGACUCCGCCUCAUCUCCAUUCAGCCAGUUCCGACGCAACCUCAACCUCAAGGGCGUUGAGAACGUCUACACCCAACACUCGCCACGGCUGGAAAACACACUCCAGAAUCUGAUCAAAGGCCGACUGAAGGAGUUGCAAUACCCUUUCCUCGAGGGCCAUACGCGUGACAAACCGCAAGACAUCAUUGUGUUUAUGGUGGGCGGCGUGACGUAUGAGGAAGCAAAGAUGGUCGCGCAGAUCAAUGCUUCCGUCCCGGGUGUCAGGGUGGUCUUGGGUGGCACGAAUGUGCUGAAUUCCACCAUGUUCCUUGAGGAGGUCGAUGAUGCCGUUGGCAGCUGGCCAGACCAAGCUCCUGCCUCGGCGCAGGCGAGGUUAGGGAGGGCUGUAGGUCGAUAG